AUGUACGAGACUGGCCGUUUUAUCUUCCCGAUGCGUUUUGCCAUCUGGUCUUGGAAACUGUGCGGUUUUUUCAAUGCACCGGUACCAAAAUCUGUACCGUACCGUAUCUAUUGCUAUUUGUUCUACAUCUGCAUCAUGGCACUGUAUCUGUUCGUGCUGAUGUUGAACGUAUUCGUACCGCAACCCUUCGAACAGCGCGUGUUCUUCAUCAUGUACAUCGCAUUGACGGAAACGGCCAUGAUGCUGAAAACGCACACUAUCUAUCGAUACUUCGAUACUGUCUGGAGUUUGUACAAGACGACCCUGGGACCCUCGUUUCAGCCGCUGGAUGAAGCUGAACGGGAGUUGCAAAACCGUACGCUGCAUGUGUUUAACCGGUGGUAUUACGCCUACAUCUUUGUCAGCCAUAUGGCCGCAUUCGGUACGGGUAGCCAUUUGUUAAGCUCCGAGUAUCGGAUGCCCUUCUUUCCGUGGUUUUUCGGUGUCCGGUACGGUGAUGAUGCACGUGUUGCCUAUUACACGAUCUUCGUGUAUCAAUGCUUCGGAAUGUACUUCCACAUGUUGCUAAAUACUGCCGGCGAUACGCAACUUUCCUAUAUGCUGCAAAUGAUAGGCAUUCAGCUGGAUCUGCUGGCGAAACGGUUUCGAAGCCUGAGCAGCUCGGAAGAGUUCGAUCGCUCCUUUGUACCGUUAGUGCAGCACUACAACAAAAUCCAUCGCAUGCUGUGCCGAGUGGAGAACCUUUUUUCUUUUGCCUAUUUUGUACAGUUCAGUGUCAGCGGUUUAGUGAUCUGCGCUUCAGCUUAUCAGGUAGCAUCCAUGGUAUGUUCUGAGCGCUUGCUCUCCUCGAUUAGUAUCGCUAGCUGCAUAACAUACAAGCUAACACCUGCGUCUAUCCCGUUACAGCUGAACCUGUACGAUUUUAGCAAACUAAUGAACGUGUUUUACAUGAUGUCCAUGACGAUGCAAAUCGGGCUACCGUGCUACUAUGGUAACGAAGUGACGCUGAAAAGUUACGCACUGACGAAUGCCAUCUACUCCUCGAACUGGUACAACAUGAAGCAAAGUAAUCGGAAGAGUGUGCAAAUGUUUCUCGUGCGCACCAACAAACCGUUCGCCGCCACUGCGUUUCGAUACUUCAACUUUAAUUUACCCGCCUUCACAACGAUACUAAAUAUGGCGUACUCCGUGUACUGUGUGUUGCAGCGCAAAGCAAAAAAUGUUUAA